AAAGGUAUCGGCGCGCGCCCAGUUUUCAGUCGUGUUUCGGCACAGGAGAAGCGCAUCUGUUCUUCUAUCGCCAUGGCCCGUACCAAGCAGACCGCCCGUAAGUCCACCGGUGGCAAAGCCCCCCGCAAGCAGCUGGCUACCAAGGCCGCCCGCAAGAGCGCUCCGGCCACCGGCGGCGUGAAGAAGCCUCACCGCUACCGUCCCGGCACCGUGGCCCUGCGAGAGAUCCGGCGCUACCAGAAGUCAACGGAGCUGCUGAUCCGCAAGCUGCCGUUCCAGCGCCUGGUGCGCGAGAUCGCCCAGGACUUCAAGACGGACCUGCGCUUCCAGAGCUCGGCCGUCAUGGCUCUGCAGGAGGCCAGCGAGGCGUACUUGGUGGGCCUGUUCGAAGACACGAACCUGUGCGCCAUCCACGCCAAGAGGGUGACCAUCAUGCCCAAGGACAUUCAGCUGGCCCGCCGCAUCCGUGGUGAGCGGGCGUAAGGCGUCGCUUUCCGCCCGUGGAAUUCCACACCCCAAAGGCUCUUUUCAGAGCCACCCA